UGUCUGAAAUAGUAAAUAAAUAUAAGUAUAGUAAUCAGUGUGCAAGUAGGAGCUUUUCGGCUACUUCUUACGUUAACUGCAAAGGCACGCGACCAAAUCCCUGCACGCUCGGACCGAUGCCCGGGGCAUGCGCUAUGGCCUCGCCAGUCCCUCCCACUGCUUCCUGGGCCUUCCCUGAUGUGAGGAACAAACGGGAACGUAUUUCCCUACUUCCCGUGCUCUGUUUCUCAAAUCACUGCGGGCGCAGCGGCUCUUCUAUCCGCAGACACCGCGGGACGAGCUACUUGGGGCGCAGCAGGGGCCUCUCAGCUGGUGAAAAUGGCUGAAAAUGGAGAUGGGGAAAACAUGUCUAUUUUGGAAAGCAAAAUCUGUCAGCAAAUUGAGUACUAUUUUGGCAAUCACAAUCUACCGAGAGACAAGUUCUUAAAGGAACAGAUCAAACUAGACGAUGGCUGGGUGCCUUUAGAAGUAAUGAUCAAAUUCAACAGGUUAAGUCGUCUUUCAACAGAUUUUAGUGUUAUUGUAGAAGCACUAAGAAAAUCCAAGACUGGUCUAAUGGAAAUAAAUGAAGAUAAAACUAAAAUCAGAAGAUCUCCAAACAAACCCCUUCCUGAAUUAAAUGAUCAAUAUAAGGCUGCAGUUAAAAACAGAUCUGUAUAUAUUAAAGGCUUUCCACUAGAUGCAACUCUAGAUGAUAUCAAGGAAUGGCUUGAAGAUAAAGGUCCAGUUGAAAACAUUCAAAUGAGGAGAACAUUGCAGAGAACAUUUAAGGGCUCAAUAUUUGCAGUUUUUGAUAGUGUUGAAUCUGCUAAGAAGUUCACAGAGAUCCCAAACCAAAAGUACAAAGACACAGAGCUGAUAAUACUUUUCAAGGAGGAGUAUUGUACAAAGAAGAAUGAAGAAAGGAAACAAAACAAAGUAGAAGCUAAAGCAAGAGCUAAACAGGAAAAAGAAGAAAAGGAGAAACAAGCAGCAGAUGCCGAAAUGAAGUCUCUGGAAGAAAAGACAGGCUGUCUUUUGAAGUUUUCUGGUAAUUUGGAUGAUCAAACGUGCAGAGAAGAUCUCCAUGAUGUAUUUUCUGAUCACGGAGAAAUCAGAUGGAUACACUUUGUCAGAGGUGCAAAGGAGGGAAUUAUCCUAUUUAAGGAUAUUGCUAAAGAAGCUCUGGAAAAAGCCAAAGCAGCACAUAAUGGAAAUUUACAGCUUCGGAACAAGGAUGUUACAUGGGAAGUGCUAGAAGGAGAUGCAGAGAAAGAAGCUCUGAAAAAAAUACUGGAAGAUCAGCAAGAAUUACUGAAACAGAAAUCAAAAGGUCGCAAAAUUAAAGGAAAAGGAAGAGGGGGAAAGACACCUCAAGGUGCACAGAAAGGAAAAGUACAGUUUCAGGGCAAGAAAAUAAAGUUUGAGAACGAAGAAGGUGGUGAAGAUGAUACCAAAACAGAACCAGCAAGUCCUAAGAAGAGACCACUAGAGGAAACAGAAAAAGAAGAACCUGCUCCAAAACAAGUGAAAACAGAAAAUGGAGAUGGAGAUCAGUAAUACUAAAAUUUAAAAAGUGGUUUUAUUGUUCCAUUUUCAAUAUGUUUUAAAGACAUGACUCAGUUCAGGAGUUUCUUGGCAGAAAAUCUAAUGAAAUCCACUUCAAUGUCAACCUACAAUGAAAGGAAAGCUUCAUUUUGAGUUACAGCUGGUUUUAAUUUUUUUAAAGCAUGCUUAUUCUUAACAUGCCACCUUGGAAAACUUUUUUAUAUUUAUAGUUUGGUUUAUACUGUCAGAUUCUCUCAACUUCUCUGGCAUCUCAUUCAAAUGUAAAAGGUUCUGGACUUUGUAAUCUUAUGGUUAUGUUAAAUAGCAGCUCCCAAUAAAUUCAGAACUUAAAACUGCU